AUGAGUCUUUCCACCGAAUUUUCCGCUUACUUGUUGCAGGUCACAUCGCACGGCGCUUCACCGCUGCUUCCGACAUCUACUAAACCAACCGUGACCAGCACUUUACGUCGCCGCCUCGACGAGCUCCUUCCCGUCCCUGACCUUUCGUCCACGGAUCUGUUGCUCCCCCAAGACGACGAUUUUCUCGCAGAGCAUAAACCGCUUGACGAGAUUCUUGAACAACACGAAAGGUUUGGACAGGCCCCGUCGACUGCGCCAACGGUUGUGAACGAUGACACUGACAAGGAGAACCGGAACCCCGUCUUUCCUGAAGCUCGAGAGGACAUUGAAAGUGGCGCACUCGAUACGUGGAAUAGUGGUAUCGCUGUUCAUGUUGUUGCUAUUGGAUGGCUGAUUCUUUCGGCCGCAUUCAUGUUCUAGGCCCGUUGCCUACCACCGACCGAAGUAGACAAAUAAGAUCGUCCUCGCAUCUUCGUCAUGAAAUAGAUAUUGCUGUCAUAGCAUCACCCAUAAUUGCGGACACUUACAUCACACUCUGGGAGGAAAAUAUGACCGUUUGCUAGCAGGCGUUUACAGUCGAUAUCUUCCAGUUCGUCGGUCAUUUGUUCCCGACAUGGUUUCGAUACGCAGUCUUCAGAAAAUCCUCGAUCCUAGACAAUGCACCCUUUCGUGUUUUUCCCCGCUAUCGAUAGCACCUUCUGUGUUCUUCUGGCGUCGCGGCCUCAAAGUAGAAAGUAAGGGAACCAGGGUUCUUUCAACUGGAAAGUUCUCUCGAGACAACAACGCCAUGUCCGUAAAGACCAACUUUUCAAAAAGAGUUUUGACCUUUUCGUCUCGAUGUUUUUGCAAGCUAUUUCACAGAAUCUACGAUGAUUUGAAGCGCUUGGACUGGUGCCCCUCAUCAUGAUACUCCAUCCAGGUGUACGGUAUCUGACUGGCGUUU